AUGGGUGACGCAAUUUCUAAGAAAACACGUAAAGCUCUUACUUUAAAUAGUAAAUACGAUAUCGUCAAAAGAUUGCAAGGAUGUGUGAAGCGAAGUGAAGUUUGUUUUGAAGUGGGAUUAAAUAAAACAAUGACAAUAUUAGAGCCAAUCUUCCUUAUAGUGAAAACGAUUUCAAUGAGUGACGAAGAAAAGGAAAAUAAAGAUGAAGAAUCUGUCGGUAUGGAACUGAUACCAACUCCAACCACAUCAGAAGCACUUCGACAUAUUGACAGCGUUCGUCAUUUCCUACAGUCACAAAAUACUCCGCAGCGUGUGCUAGAUCGACUAUCUGAAGUGGAAUUACAUAUUAAUUGUAUUCAUUUCACAAAAAUAAACCAAAUUAAAAUAAAUGAUUUUUUUAAGAAAGAUUUUCAAAAACUUUUAUGA